UUCCGUUUAUUAUUGUAUCGGGGGUCCUCUGUUAUCGACACACAAGGUGUCGAUGUUACAAACGGUGCAUAAUUAACUAAUUUGCGCAGUGGUGUCAAAAUAGAAGGCACGCUUAGUUAACACAGAACUCACUUUUUCAUUCGAUUGUUUUAUAUUUAUGCCCUAUACAAGUAUGACAUUUGAUUUCAUACAUUUCCAGGUCCGGAAAAGUAGAGAGAAUGGGAUGUUUUUUAAGGCGCUUAGAAGUGCAGCUACAAUGUUGGUGUGAGAGCACACAGCAAUAUACCGUCUGGUGAAUACUCGAUUGUGAUUGGCUCAGAAAAUGCCAUGGGUGUAUAUUAUCAGCUGAUAAUGUACAGUGCGCCCGUUGAACGUCUCAAGUAUUUGCUGUCAAAUUACUGCGCAGCACCCUUAGCUGUUCGAUUAUACGAGCAAACAUCGAGGGACAUCCGAUACGUCGACGUGCCGUACUCUGAGGACAGAAAUGAGCGAAUUUGAAUUUGAACAGGAUUAGUGUUUUAAAACUGGUUUAUGCUUUCAAAAUUAGGGCUUUAAAAGAGUGUAAGGGUUUCAAAACUGGGUGAGUGUUUCAAAGUAGGGUUCCAAAACAGGUUAAGGCUUUCAAAGUAGGGUUUCAAAACAAGGAUAGGGUUUCAAAUUAAUGUUUCAAAACAGGGUUAGGGUUUCGAAACAGGUUUAGUUUUUCAAAGUAGGAUUUCAAAACAGGUUAAGGGUUUUAAAAAAGCCCUAGGGUUGCAAAGUAGGGUUUCAAAACAGGGUUAGGGCUUUAAAUUAGGGUCAGGGUUUAAAAUUCGGGUCUCAAGAGUGUUAGGAUUUCCAAUUAGGGUUUAAGAACAGGGUUAGGGUUUGAAAUUUGGGUUUAAAUAGAGUUUUGGGGUUUCAAAACAGGGUUAAGGUUUCAAAUUGCGCUUUCAAAGCAGCGUUAGGGUUUCACAUUCGGGUUUCAAGAAUGCUAGGAUUUCAAACUAGGGGUUCAAAACAGUUAGGGUUUCAAAACUGGGUACGGGUUUCAGGAAGUGUGAGGGUUUCAAAACAGGGUUAGGAGUUGUGGCACAAGGCAUCCACCUCGAAGGGGGCAUCCAAUGGGCAUGGCUUGCGCCACCCUAUCCAACUCCCAUUUUUGCGGCAACAAUGUUGUAAAAAAAAAAAAAUAAUAAUAAUACAACACGUCCUAUGUGCCAAGAAGGAAUUCCUAUACUUUAAAAACGCGCCUUUACUUUGAAGUCUGACUCCGGAUAUGGCAUCUGAGCGACCUUUAUUUUGAAGUGUCAGAGCGGAUGCGCAGCGCUGCAUGCAACUUGACACCGGUGCGCUGCUCUCGUUCAUCCAUGAAAACGGACUCCCGAUACCGACCUGACACCGCAGCAGUGCGGACCGGCAGCCAGGAUGAUCCCAGUGGGAGAAUUCCGAAACAUCGGCAUCGAGCAGAACUCCAAGUACCGCGUGCUGAAGCCGUGGUGGGAUGUUUUUUCCGAGUAUCUGUGCGUCGCCAUGCUCAUGAUCGGCGUCUUUGGAUGCACCUUGCAGCUCACCCAAGACAAGAUCGCUUGCCUGCCGAGUCCCUUCACCAGUCCGACGCCAAGCGCCAUCGACUGCAGCCACAUCCGCAGCUAUGGCGACAACCUGACGUGGGAGAGCAUCAAUUUAAAGCCGACCAAUCCCGUCAUACAAGAGGUGCUCGGUCGCAAGAAUAACCUGGACAUCCACCAGUAUGUCUUCAUCAACCACUACUGCUACGAGCGCUUUGUGCACUGGUACGCUAAGUAUUUCCCAUACCUUGUGGUGAUCCACACCAUGAUUUUCAUGGUAACCAGCAGCUUUUGGUUCAAGUUCCCCGGGACUUCCUCCAAACUUGACCUCUUUGUCACCAUCCUGGGAAAAUGCUUUGACUCCCCCUGGACCACGAGGGCCUUGAGUGAGGUUUCUGAGGAAAGAGGUGAAGAAAAGCUGUUCAGUUGGAGGAGAAACACUGUAUCCAAAGAUCCCGCCGAGCGACGAGUCGACGAGGAGGAGACCAUCUUGCUUCAGCGGACCUUGUCGUCAAAGUCUAAUCCAGAUAAAAAGACUCCAGAGUCUCAGUCGGCUCCGUCUGUGUUGGAUAAAAAGGAAGGAGAGCAGGCUAAGGCCCUGUUUGAGAAGGUGAAAAAGUUCCGAACUCACGUCGAGGAGGCAGACAUCCUGUACAUUAUGUAUGUGCUGCAAACGUCCCUCAAGGUCUUUAAGUUCCUUCUAAUCAUUAUCUACACAGCGGCGCUGUGCCCGAACAUUGAGAUUGUGGUGCGCUGUUUGGUUCCCCCCGAGCUGACGGGUUUUAACAUCUAUUGCUGUAACCACAACAAAGCCCACCUCUUCUCCAAGCUGGCCUAUUGCUACAUUUGCUUUGUGGCCGUCUACGGGAUGUUAUGCAUCUACACGCUCUACUGGCAGUUCCACCGCCCUCUGAGGGUCUACUCCUUUGAGCACGUCAGGCUAGAGACGGGAAUCAACGACAUACCGGACGUGAAGAAUGAUUUCGCCUUCCUGCUUCAUCUGGUAGACCAAUACGACGACCUCUACGCUAAAAGAUUCGCUUUCUUUCUAUCCGAGGUGAGCGAGAGCAGACUCCAUCAGCUCAACCUCAACUACGAGUGGACCGCCAAAAAGCUGCGCGCCCGUCUGGCUAAGAAUGCCAGUGACCGACAGGAGCUACACCUGGUUCUGCUGCCCGGACUUCCCGACACUGUCUACGAGCUGGUUGAGAUAGAGUCGCUGAAACUGGAGCAGGUCAAAAAUGUCACCAUCUCGGCUAGCGUGGCUAAGCUAGAGAGUCUUCAGGAUCUGUCACUGAUUUAUUGCCAGGCCAAGGUUCACCUGCCAGCCUUGAAGCACCUCAAAGAACAAUUGAAGUUCCUGCGCCUGUGCUUUGAAAGUCUAGAUGAGGUUCCCGAAUGGAUGUACCACCUGCAAAGACUUGAGGAACUGCAUCUGAACGGUCCGUUAACCAACGAGAUGGCCCGAAGUGGCACCCUGGACUCCCUUCGAGAGCUCACAGCCUUGAGGGUCCUCACCCUGCGCUCCAACCUCACAAAGAUCCCGGCCAGCGUCAGCGACGUCGCACAGCAACUACAGCGUUUGAGCAUCUACAACGAAGGCACCAAGAUCCAAGUCUACAGCAGCCUUAAGAAGCUGACCAACCUGGUCUCGCUGGAGUUGGUGGGCUGCGAGCUGGAGCGUAUCCCGAGCGCUGUCUUCAGCCUGAGUAAUCUGCAGGAGUUGGACCUGAAGGAAAACAAGCUAACCACGGUGGAAGAGAUCCUGAGCCUGCAGCACUGCCAGCGGCUGGUGACGUUGCGCCUGUGGCACAACAAAAUCACCUAUAUCCCCGAUCAUAUCAGCAAGCUGCACUCUCUGGAGACUCUGGACGUUAGCUGGAAUAAGCUGCGAAAGCUGACCCCGCGGUUGUUCUACUGCACCAAGCUGAGGCACUUGGACAUCUCGCACAACCAGUUGACCGGCAUCCCGCCCGAAGUGGGCAUCCUGCAGGGGCUCCAGUUCUUCUCCGCUGCUUUCAACUCAUUAGAGACCCUACCGGACGAGCUGUUCUCCUGUAAAAGACUAAAGACUCUGAUUCUCGGAAACAACUGCUUGUUCUACCUCAGCUCCAGGGUGGCCAACCUGACCCAACUAAUACGGCUGGAGCUCAAAGGAAACCGUCUGGACGCGCUACCUGUGGAGGUAGCGGACUGUCCCCUGCUAACGAGCAGCGGGCUCGUCGCGGAGGAAAACCUGAUGGACUUGUUGCCGUCAAAUGUGCGCACAAGGUUGACUAGUACCUGAGUUGGUCCAAACUCAGGCUUUUCACUGACUUGCCUUCAUUUGACAGUGGUCCCAAUUUUGUCUCAUUUUCGAUCGAUUUACACUGCAGGUACAGGUGACCAAUUUUUAGGAAACCUAUGACUUAAGCCUUUGUUUUGAAAUCUGGUUAUUUCUGCCAAAAAUGUGACUUUUCUUUCCUGUCCAAAACGUGCAACCAUACAUGUGUUGAAAUGUAAAAUGGCCAAUAGAUUGUGAUUGGUGUACAGAUUUCUUUGUGAUUGCUUUGUGCUUAGUCUUUUGUAGCAGCUAAGCACAUUUUUAACAAUAUGGAGUCUGUUUUGGGGGGGAAAUAAGUGUUUCCCACAGUGUCACAUUGCCGCUUUUCAGGUGGCAAACAAGCGGAGGGAGCUUUUCUUUGCACAGUAUAAUAGAGGUGCCCUGUUCAACCUGACAGAGAAGAAGAAGACGGAAUUCAAACGUUUAAAACGAGUCAAUAAGUGUCAAAGAUGUGGUGGUACAUUAAGCUCUGUAUUUUUAUAUAUAUAUAUAUAUAUAAUUGUAUUCAUCAUGUGUUACUGAGAAAGGUUUGCAUUGUUUUUGUUCUUCUUUUACUACCUCUGCAGCAUUUACUAUUGUAAUUGAGUGAAAUGUAAAAAGAUCAAAUAAACAAUGUUGUAAAAA